UAAAAAGCCAGCCGCCGGACGCAAGACUCGACGGUGCGGUCAUUCUUGGUCUUGGUCGGGCCUCGCCAUGUACUUUGGCCAUGCGGCUUCUACGACACCGCGACAGCACAAUCAGCGGCAGCCGGCGCCGCCGUCGACGGAUCUAAAGGAUGCAGGCUUCUUGCCCACUUAUGCCAUGCACGAGACAGAGAGUCCGUCGCCGUCACCCGCGUCGCAGCAUGGCAGAACGUCGUCACUGUCGAUGGACGAUCCGACGGUGCAAAAGUCGCUCUUUGAGAUGUUUAACAAGCGCGGGUACAACCUUAUCUCGCCUUCCAAUUCGAUAGUGAACGGGAACAGCAGCUUCUCCAGCACUGCAUCGUCGUCCAUGUCGAGCGUCAUCGGGUUCCGCGAACCCGUCCAUGGCCAGACUCCGAUCCACAUUGCCAUUCGAAGAGGAGAUGUUCAAGUCGUGGAAGCGCUGUUGAAAAGCGGCGACAUGGACAUCCUUCAGAUGCGGGACGAUCACGGGAACACGCCGCUUCAUUUUGCCGUCGGCAUCUCGUCUCGGCGAAUGUCCACGUCGAUUUCAAUUCAAAUGGUCGGCCUCCUCCUCGCCGCCGGCGCCAGCGUCCACGCAGUAAAUCACAAAGGCCGAACCCCCAUCAUGGUGCACAUGCUCACGAUCCGACAGGAUGAUCCGUCCAUACUCACCAUGCUACUCAAGGAAGGCAGCAACGUGAAUGCUACAGUCGACCGCGUCCCGCUGCUGCAUUUGGCCGUGGCUGCUCGCUUGCCCAUCAUCACUGCUACGCUUGUCACCCAUGGCGCCGACCUGCAUGCUGUGAACGAGCUCGGGCUGUACUUGCGCGAAGCGGCUCCGAUGAACAUGCUGGUGACGAUGCUGGCCCAUUUGACAGUCACGCCAUCCUUUGUUCCGUUCGAAGCACACAGUCAGUGCAUGGAUUGCCAUCGAUAUAUCAAGCCUUCGAAGCGUCCGAGCAUGUUUCGGUGGCUGUUUCGAUCCAAAGCUGAAGCCACGCACUGUUUUCUGUGUGGAUGGGUCUACUGCAGCUCGUGUACUGGGGUGCACGCGCUCCGCGAGGCGCUGCCUCCAUUUUUUCAUCGAAGUGAAGCCGAGGAACUCGAAGACAAACAAAGUCGAAAUGGCAAAUGCACAACCCCCGCGGGUCCCUUUAAAAUGCCGCGCCCAGGCCGCGCCCCCGUCGGGCUCCGCAAGGACGUCGCCAUUCGGUGCUGUCGGAUAUGUGCCAACCUGCUCAAGGAGCGGCUCGUCAAGAGCGCCCGGGCGAGCUUGUACCAAUUCCAGCAAGGCUCUUCUGCUUCACAUCUCUCUCGCUGACGAGAUAUUUUCAAGACGGACACGUCACAUCAUCGUAUAGAAUACAUACCCACCGCCAACUGGCCAAGCGAAUAACAUUAAGCACCAACUACUGUCGACCUCACUGCAUGACCUGGCGAUGCUUUGGCGGCGCCGUCGGAACUUUUCGUGCGGUCUGUGUCGAAAGCCCCCUCUGACAUCGACUGCGGGAAACAUCAGGUUCAUACGCGGUGAAGUUCUGCGUGGAUCGUGACGAGGGAAUGUUUCUGCUGCACGCAUCGGAUCACUCGAUCUCGGGCGACAUUUGCAGCUCAACAGGUGCGAGUAGCAGGGCAUAGCGCUGUGAAAUAUCACGAAGCCACAUGGCCCGACUGUUCCAACUAUGCGAUUGCCAUGCACCCGAUGGAUGCACCCAUGCGUUGAGCGCGA